UUUUUUAAUAUAUUGAUUGGCUUUCUUAUUAAAGUGUUUUGCUUUUGGGUCCAUUCUUUGGAAACUUACUUACUAACUUACUUGCUAACUUACUAACACAUCUACACUCAAUAUGUAAAGUGCUUUGGGGACAUUUAUUAGUGGUAAAUAAAUGAAAUAAUCAAUAAUAACAUGAGCUUUUCGUGCAUCACAGGAGACAUGUGAGAGUUGAAUUGUUAAAGGGGUAGGCAGGUUUGGGCGUUUGACUCCCAGGCAAAAGGUUCUGGCUUUGAUUCCCAAUUGCCUGCAACUCUCAUAUUCAAUAAUGUGACAUAAACUGUAAGUCGUUUUUGGAAACAGGCUUUGCUAAAUAACCAAAGAGCACUAAAACACUACAUUCCAGAGGCCCACAUUGUUGCUUCCCCUAUAAGGUCACUCUUUCAGACUAAAGUCACUUUUACAGACUGGUUGAUUCUGCCUCAUGACGAGGAAAUAACUCUUCUUGAGAUUAAUUCUGUACACCUCACUUCCUUUCUAACCUAGCCGGUACCACAACACAGACAAAGACCCUCACACGCUAUAGGAGAUACUACAACUCAUUACCAGAGCAGCAGCUGAGCAGAGUGAACGCUGUCAAAAUUGGACUCUGAACACACACAGGACAGUAGAGCAUGGGUCUCCCCGAAGGGUCCCUCUACACGGCCCUGGAGCUGCUGAUUGCGUCGGGUUGCGUCCUGGGCAACGCGGUGGCCAUCGCGGCGCUCCGGCGCACCAAGAGGCUGCGGGAGCCCACCUUCUGCUUCCUCACCUCCCUGGCGGCGGCCGACCUGCUGGUGGGCAGCCUGGCCAUCCCGCUGGCCGUGCUGGUGGACGGCCGGGUGGAGACCUCCGCCGGCGCCUGCCUGCUCUCCAGCUGCCUCCUCAUCCUGCCCACCCUGGCCUCCGUCCUGUCGCUGCUGUCCAUCGCCGUGGACCGCUUCCUCCGGGUCUACGCGCCCCUCAGGUACCGGCGGUCGGUGACGGAGCAGUUCUCGUGGCUGGUGGUGGUGGCGUGCUGGGGGGCGGCCGUCCUCCUCAGCUUCGUGCCCCUCAUCGGCUGGAGCCAGCAGAGCACCGUCUCGCCUGCUGCCCGUUCCCCCGUCUCCUCCACCUCCUCAGACUUCUCCACCUCCUCCAACUCCUCCUCCUCUUCUCCCUCCGCCGCCGUCUGCCUGUUCACCGACGUCAUCUCCAUGUCGUACCUGGUGUACUUCACCUUCUUCCUCUGCAACCUGCUGCCUCUGUGCACCAUGGCCCUGCUCUACUGCCUCAUCUUCCGGAUCGUCCGCAGGAGCCUCCGGGACAUGCCCGGACGCUCCGGCACCCCCAACGCGGAUUCCCGCAGGUACCUGAAGAAGGAGGGACGGCUGGCGGCGUCGCUGGCUCAGGUCCUGGGCCUCUUCGCCCUCUCCUGGCUCCCUCUGCACCUCAUGAACUGCGUGGUGAAGUUCGGGGGUCCCCCGGUCCCCGUCGCCGCGUUCCACGUGGGCAUCCUGCUCUCGCACGCCAACUCGGCCGUCAACCCCGUGGUGUACGCCUUCCGGAUCCCCCGGAUCAGGCAGGCCUACCUGAAGAUGUGGUCUCAGGCCACCGGGCGGCCCUGGUUCAGCCAGCCGGCGUCCAGCCACUCUUCAGACAACGGCACCAGCAGCAAAGAUGACAAGUUAUAGACUGGGCCCCUUGGGUUGGGAGGGCUUUCUUUUCACUUCUCGUUGAUUCAUAAUGAUAAUUGGUAAUGAUCGUUAUAUUAUUAUUGACAAGGUUGGUAUCAGUCUGAAAUGCAUAAUUUGGUAUUGUAUAAAUUAUAAAAACAUUUCUAUAAUUUGUAUUUCUGAUUAUAUAAAUUUGAAAUCACUGUUUAGUGUUAACUAGGGUUGGACGUGACUUUGGUGAGUUUAGAACGUUUAAAAGGAAGUUAUCUUAACUCGUCACAAAUGCUGUGAGACUUGCUCCAACAAGUGGUACACUGACACAUGCCCUAUAAAGCACCAGGGGAUAUAAACACACAAAAAAUACACACAGCUUGAAUUGUUUCGUCAUAUAUUUGACAAUGUGUUACUACUUUCUAUAGCUGGAUCAGAAAGUAGGAGAGCCAUGAGAUGCAAUCAAAACACAAUUAAUUCCAAGCAACGUUUUUUGCUUUUUAUUGCAUCUUUAAAUUAGGGAUUAUUCAUAAUACAAUGGGUUUUUUAUUGGUUACAUUAUUUCCAUUACAUUUAGGGCAUUUUGCAGUCGCUUUUAUCCAAAGCGAAUUCCAAUGAGGACAUUUGUCAGAAGAAAGUGAAAUAAAAAUAUAUAUCACUGUCAGUACAGUACGGAUGGUCAUAGAACCAAGUGCCAAGUACUAACAAUCGAUAGGUUAACCAAUUCCCAAUACAUAACAACGAUAGCUUUAAAAAAUAUUUGUAGUGCAACAUAAUGUAAUAGGUAUAAUAAUGAUAAUGCCAGAUAAAAUUCAUUAAAGUGUGAU